CGAGCUGCGGCCGCGCUCACCACGCACCUCUGGCCGCCGCUGCAGCCCAGGGGCGCCCCGGAGCGUGCAGCUCACCGGAGCUGGGGGUCCGAGCCGAGAGGGCGGUUGUAACACCUCCAGACCGGUAAUUCGGCGCCAGGGCUGGCGACGGCCAGACACAGGGGAAGCCCGAGGGGUGUGCAGCCGUCCAGCUCCCAGCCCCGGGGGCCGCCAGCUAACGGAAAGGGCUGCUGAGCGUGGAAGCCAGGGAGCAGCCGCGGCCGACUCCGUGGGCCCCAGCGGACCCAAAGGCACCAACCCGCGGUCGGUAGCGCGCAGCAGGGCAGGAGGGGAGCGCCAUGGAGGCGCUGGGCGGCGCGGGUCCGCGCGGGGCGCAGUGAGACUGGCGGCCGGCGGCCGGGACCCGCGGGCCAUGUACGGCGACGUGUUCAACGCCACGGGCGGCCCCGAGGCGGCGGUGGGCGGCUCGCUGGCCCUCGCAGCCACUGUCAAGGCGGAGGGUGCUUUGCCGCUGGAGCUGGCCACGGCGCGCGGUGUGCGGGACGGCGCGGCCGCAAAGCCCGACCUGCCUACCUACCUGCUGCUCUUCUUCCUGCUUCUGCUCUCCGUGGCGCUCGUCGUCCUCUUCAUCGGCUGUCAGCUGCGCCACUCGGCCUUCGCCGCGCUGCCCCACGACCGCUCUCUGCGCGACGCCCGCGCGCCCUGGAAGACACGGCCGGUGUAGGGGCGCGGCGAUCCGGGGCCGGCGGGCGCCGUGUGCGGGUCUCGCCACGAGCAGUGGGUGUGAGCCGCGCUCACGCAGGGCGGGCCUGACGCCGAGGGUCGCCGGCCCCUGGGCACACAGCGCCCUGACCCAAAGACCUUCCCUGGGCGGCAACCUGGGCGGCAAGGGAGUCGAAGGCAUCAGGGUCCGGCUGCGAGUAGCUGUGGGGUGCCAGUGUGCGGGUCCUUUGGCGGCGGGUUUCUUCCCCAGGACAGCGAUCCAGCCGGGACCUUUCUGAGACUGCGCCUCCGGGACGAGGCGCCUUCCCCGCUGUGCUGACUUCCUCACUUUGGGCACCGAAGGGGCAGGCACCGCGGGCGCGCAACCAGCCGGGACCUGGCCCUGUGGCAGUCUUCCCGCGGCUGCCCCCGCCUCGCCUACUCUUUGGCACCGAGGACCCCGCUAGGACCCGAGCACGAACUCAGCCGGACUUUGGAAUGAUGGCCCGUGGGGGCUGCGUGUCCUGAGGGAAGUGAGGGGACGCGGAGUUUUACUAGGUCCCGCCUGUGUCCGAGGAUCGUUUUCUCUGCGGGCACGGGCGGAGGGGAAGCCGGUCUAGAGGCGCCGGGUCCCACCGGCAGCACUCUGUGAUAGGGGAUCCGCGUCCCACAUUUCGAGGGGCCGCAUGUCUACAAUAAAACCUCACCGAA